UCUACAAAUCUGACUACAGUGGUAAACAAAUAAACAAUUUCGGUGCUUCUCGGACGUGCUAGUGUCACGUCAAAAUAAACGCGUAUCCCGUGCAUAAAGUUGAGUGCUAUAUUGUGGCUAAAUAUAGCACACAUUUUGCAUCAUUUUCUGCUUCAUAAAGGUGUAGAUACCAAAAAUGAACGACUCAGCUGUUUGAGAAAAUUGCUACCAAAGACGUCGAUUGGUACUUUUCGUUCCCGGUUCUGGUUCUGCUUGAAAGUUUUAAUCCUAUAAAAAUGCAAAUACCAUACAUGAAAGUGGCGAUCUAUUCGCUGACUUUUCUAACAUACGCUUACACGGGCUAUGGAUCAAACAUGUUAGCAAGUCUUCGGGAUGCAAUCAUAGCUGCAGAAGCCGUGUUUGGAGACGUUCUGAAGAACGUGGUGCAUGUGGCCAAGAAAUUCAAAGUGGUUCAUGAGGUAUUUGACGCAGCUGUGGACGAGAAUUGCAUAUACAAAUGCCCAGGAGAUGUAACACCGUCUAAAAACAAGCUAUACAUCCCACAAUCGGAUGGAUGUGGCUCGCUGGGGCUUAAGAUUGACUCGGAGUACCUGCCGGCUGCUGAGAUGGAAACUUGCUGCAAUGAUCAUGAUAUUUGCUACGAUACAUGCAACAGUGAUAAAGAGCUGUGCGAUUUGGAUUUCAAACGAUGUCUCUACAAGUAUUGCGACGAAUAUGAAAAGAACGUAGUUGGCGAUAUAGUCGUCAAAGGAUGUAAGGCGGCGGCGAAAAUGCUAUUUACUGGAACUCUCACACUAGGAUGUAAAUCGUAUUUAGAUUCACAGGCAAGGUCAUGUUACUGCCUGCCAGGAAAGACGGACAAAGCGUAUGAGAAGUCGAAUAAAGGAUACGAGAAGUCAGAUAAGGCGUACGAAAAAUCCGACAAGUACAAUGACAAGGGUUACAAAGAUAAGGGUAAGGACAAAAACAGUGGCAAAUAUGGUUGGAAACAGGAUCUGUAAAUACAUAUCCUGUAUUUGUGGCAUAAAUGUGUACAAUACAGUGGAAUUAGUUGAAGCUUAAUUGUAAAUAGACAGCUCUGUAGCGGGUAUACUGACACUA